AUGGCAGCUGGAUCGACCCAUUCCGUGCGGCCUUCCCGCUCUGAACGAGGCCUCUCCUCCAUCUUUCGCAAAGCCGCACCAGCAACAGCGACGACAGCAAAAGACGAGGUCGACGACGACUGGGCAGCCGACGACUUGAUAUUCAACGAGUACCCCCACGGCGCACACCGCCCGUUCACGCGCUCGUCGUCCUUCCCUACGCAGCAGCGUCUCUCGACCAUUCCGACCACGCCGACGACCGUCGCCGCCAGCCGAGCGGCCUCGCGCGCUGCCCAGGUCGAGUACGCCCCGCACCCUGGAGCCAUGAGCGACCUGUGGCCCAGCCUCGACGAGAUCACGAGCCAUCACUCGCGCACGCCAAACUCGAAGAAGCGCGCCUCGACGCUGCCCACACCAACGGCCAUGGCCCCAGGCAUGUCGGGCCCGUCACCGUACGACAAGGGAGCCGCCGCGCUCGCCCAGUUCCAAGCCGGUCAGGCGGUCCCCAACCCCGCCAGAUCGACAGCCUUACCAUCGCCGCGACAGAGCAUGUUGCCGUCACCUAGACAGAGCAUGGUUCCUUCUCCUCUACAGAGCGUAGUUCCUCUUCCCAAGCAGCAGCACCUGCAGCAGGCCCCCGAGACGCCCCCACCCCAGCCUCAGGCGUUUGCAAACGGCUCUGUCCCUACCACCUCGCAGACCUUUGCAAACGGCUCGUCGCCCACCAUGCCCGCCUCGCAGAGCUUUUCCAACGGUUGGGACAUGAAGGCGUCACGCCGAGCACCACCUCCACCACUGCGUCUCCCGGUUCCUGCUUCACCGAGAAGGACUAACAACGCAGAGGCAUAA